GUUUUAUAUUUCCACCUGCCCACCCCCGGCUCUAAUAUUCCCUCCUCCCUCCCACCUGCUUGCCACUCCCCCCACCACAUCUUCAACAUACACCAACCAAUCACUUUUUAAGAAGACUAUCAACAAAACCGCCAAAAUGAUCAUCACGGAUAUCGUCUCCAUGAUCCUCCGCGUGGCGGAGCUGGUCUUUGCCGCGAUCGUUACCGGUCUCACGGGUCAGUUCCUGCACCAGAGGGAGAACGUCUCGGCGUGGGACAAUGGCCGACACAUCUACACCAUCACCGUCUCGGCCAUCUCUAUACUGCUGGCCAUCCUCUGGCUGUUCCCCUUCAGUGGCAGCUUCAUCCACUGGCCUGUUGAUUUCCUCAUCAGCGUCAUGUGGUUUGCAGUCUUUGGACUGCUUGUUGACUGGCUUGAUGGCGGCUGUGGCGACGUCUUCAACUGGUCCGGCAUCAGGAUUCGCGGCGAUGACUUUUGCGCCAAGCAAAAGGCAGUCGUCGCCUUUGCCUUCCUCUCGGCCAUCUGCUGGCUCGCUUCCGCCAUUGUCGGCCUCGUCUGGGUCCGCAGGCGCGAGAGGCGUGCUGCUGCUGCCAACUACAGCACCCACCGCCGCCGCUGGUACCGCAGCCGUGUCUAAAGUGGUGGAGGGUUGACACAUAAUUCCAUUAUGACACCCCCAUCAGAGACAUGUCUUGAACCCCCUUUUCGAGACUGGGGUAAACCCCCCUUCUCCCCGUGCUGAAGCAUGGGUUAAUAACCCGUUUUUUCUUUUUCUCUGUCAAAACGUUCUCUACACCAAUAUGUCUUAUCACUCAAGACAGUAUAUGCGUUGUAUUAUACAAUGGUUUCAAUGUUUUUGUUAAUAACUCCCCAAUACCCUUAUACCCCCGCCCCAAGAUACCACCUUUUUUUUAUUGAAGCAUUGAAGUUUAUUCGUCAGCCUAGGGUGGAGUUGUGGGGAAUACUUUGUCAGAUAUCUCAUAGUUGAAUCAAUUCCAACUCGUAC